GUUUGCUUCCGGUGACGUAACGCUAGCCCCAGAUGCUACACGCGGGAAUCGCCAGCAUCACAUCAACACAACUUCUUGUCUGUGAGUCUGCUGAAAAGGAUGGGAGACACACUGGAGUUUAAUGACAUUUUUCAUGAAGUCAGAGGCUCCUGGAGUGAUGGGCGUCUGCGAUUCAGCAAACAGAAUGUUGUAUAUAAAAGCAGCAAGACGGGUAAGGUGGACAGCAUUGUAGCUGCAGACCUAAACCAGGCCCAGUGGAGACGAGUGUGUUUGGGUCAUGGCAUCAAGCUUGGCACCAGCACUGGACACGUUUACAAAUAUGAUGGCUUCAAGGAUACAGACUUUGAAAAGAUCUCAGAGUUUUUCAAGGCGAACUACAAAGUGGAGCUCACGGAGAAGGAAAUGUGUGUGAAGGGAUGGAACUGGGGGACAGCAAAGUUUUCAGGACCGCUGUUAUCUUUUGAUAUUAAUGAUAACACGGCAUUCGAAAUUCCACUCUCCAAUGUUUCGCAAUGUGCCACUGGGAAAAAUGAAGUGACUCUUGAGUUUCACCAAACUGACGAGACAGAGGUUUCUUUGAUGGAGGUGCGGUUCUAUGUCCCCCCAAAUCAGUCAGAUGAGCGGCAAGACCCUGUGGAGGCUUUUGCCCAGAAUGUGUUGUCUAAGGCUGAUGUGAUCCAAGCCACUGGAGAUGCUGUGUGUAUAUUCAAAGAGCUACAAUGUCUUACACCCAGAGGAAGAUACGAUAUUCGCAUCUAUCCCACAUUUCUGCACUUGCACGGAAAGACCUUUGAUUACAAGAUUCCUUACACAACUGUCCUCAGGCUUUUUCUGCUGCCUCACAAAGACCAGAGGCAGAUGUUCUUUGUGAUUAGCUUGGAUCCCCCAAUUAAACAGGGUCAAACCCGGUAUCAUUUUCUUAUUUUGCUUUUUUCAAAAGAGGAAGACAUCAACCUGACACUUAACAUGAAUGAGGAAGAUGUUGAGCGUAAAUUUGAAGGGAAACUCAGUAAGAACAUGUCCGGUUCACUCUAUGAAAUGGUCAGCCGCGUGAUGAAGGCGCUGGUCAACAGGAAAAUCACAGUGCCAGGGAAUUUUCAGGGCCACUCUGGUGCUCAGUGCAUCACCUGCUCCUACAAAACCUCCUCUGGCCUGCUGUAUCCGUUAGAGCGUGGGUUCAUCUAUGUGCACAAGCCUCCCGUUCACCUGCGUUUUGAGGAAAUUUCAUGUGUCAACUUUGCUCGAGGCACCACCACGACGCGUUCCUUUGAUUUUGAGAUCGAGACCAAACAGGGAAACCAGUUCACCUUCAGCAGCAUUGAGAGAGAGGAGUAUGGCAAGUUGUUUGACUUUGUAAAUGCUAAGAAGCUUAACAUCAAGAACAGAGGAUUCAAAGAGGGCAUGAAGGGCAAAACAGACAACUACAGCGACUCUGAUGAAGACCAGCACGAUGCCUACCUGGAGAGGAUGAAGGCCGAGGGCAAGAUAAGAGAGGAGGGUAAUGACAGCGACGAUUCAGACGAAGAAAGUGAUGAGUCAUUUAACCCUGGAGAGGAAGAUGAUGACAUUGCAGAGGAAUACGACAGCAAGGCUUCUGCCAGUGAGAGCAGUGAUGAGGGCAGUGGAAGUGAGGAUGAGAGUGCGAAGAAGAAAAAGGAAAAAAAGAAAGAAAAAAAGGUGGUGAAGGAGAAGAAGGAGAGGAAGCCACGGAAAGAGAAGAAGCAGAAAGAUAAAGGUGGACCAAAGAGACCAAUGAGCGCCUACAUGUUGUGGCUCAACUCCAGCCGGGAGCGCAUCAAGUCUGAGAACCCAGGCAUCUCCAUAACAGAGAUCUCCAAGAAGGCUGGAGAGAUGUGGAGACAGCUGGGCAAAGAGGAGAAGGAGGAGUGGGAGACCAAAGCUGGAGAAGCAAAGAGACAGUAUGACAAAGCAAAGAAAGAGUACAAAGAAAGUGGUGGAGGAGAAAGUUCCACUCCAAAGAGAGAAAAGAAGAAGGCUGGGAAAAAAGAGGAGCGAAAGAGGAAGUCGGGCGGCGGAGAUAAAGAACGAGAGAGGGCAGGCAACGACAGUUUCAAGAGCAAAGAGUUCAUUGAGACCAGCGAAGAGAGUUCAUCAGAGUCCGACCACAAAAGCAAAUCCAAGAGGAAGAAGGAAUCCGAGGAUGAAGAGGAGGAAGCUGUGUCCACACCCCCAAGCUCUGACAACGAGUCGAACUAGAUAAACAACACACACAAAACCAAGGACCAAGCAUUUGUACACCAAUCAAUAGACUGAAAUGACAUCAGCUGACAACAGUUCUGGUGGAUUUGCAUUGUAACAUAUUACACAUUUAAAUUUGAGUGGAUUUGAGUGGACCUUCACCAUCAGUACUAAAGGCCAUUAUUUGUGGGGUUGCCAAUUUGUUGUCCCUGGAGUUGAUUGAUGUAGUUUGGUAGCACUGGUAGAACAGAGAGGAAAUGAGCAAAGACCGUUGUUUUUUUGUUUUUUUUUAGACAGUGAUUUAGUUCUGUAUUUUGUCAUGUUGUCUUGC